AGUUGGAAAAUAUUCAAUUUAUAGUGGUGUAUUUUGAUAUUUAGCUAACCAAAUAACAAUAACUAAGAAAAUAUUCACGAGACAAGAGAUUAUUUUACUGAUUGAAAUAAUAGGAAAGUAAUAAUUACCUUUACUACUUAAUGUUUUGAUUUUUACUCUAAUGAAUAUUCAUACGUGAUAGUAGUUCAGCAUCUUGGAUCGUUUGCUUUAACUAUGAAAUCCAGCAAACGAAGAUUACAAGCGCUCACAGAAGGAAGUGAUGGAAUACCCAAUUACCUUAAAAUGGAAGAUUCUGAAACAUCAAUUCCUCCAGUGUUUAGGUCGAGACUACAUGAACUGUUUUCUCAAAUUGAAAAAGAAUUUGACCUUCUAUAUACUGAAAACUUAAACCUUCAAGAGAAAAUAGACAUUCUGAGCGAAAAAUUGGAAAGAGAGAGUUAUGUGGGCGACAGACAGAACUUAGAUUACAUUGAGUUUGAAACUUCAGGAAAAAAUUCGAAGGUUAAAUUGUCUCAAAGUAACUCUCAAAAAGUAAAGGCUAGUCACAAAUUAAGAGUCCAAACAAGCAAGAUAGUGUCUAGUUUUAAGGCACCAACAUACAAUUGUCAGCUAGUCAGAGAGUUCACAGGACACAAGGAUGGUAUAUGGGAUGUUUCAUCAGCUCGACCGGGACAGGCACUUAUUGGCACUGCAUCAGCUGACCACACAGCCUGUGUAUGGAGUGUGGAUUGGGGCAAGUGCCUUCUGCAAUAUACUGGUCAUCAAGGAUCUGUGAAUUCAAUCCGUUUUCACCCAUCUCGAGAUAUUGCUCUCACCAGUAGUGGUGAUAACAGUGCCCAUGUUUGGCAGGCUGCUGUUAACUGGGAUUUACCUCGUGGACAGUCUUCUGAAGAAGAAUUGGAAGGUGGUGGCGAGGAGAGCUUAGGCGAAGGUGGUGAACGACCAGAAGUGUUACGUACACCUCUGACUGAACUACUGGGACAUCAGGGCGUAGUCGUGGCAGCCGACUGGCUCACCGGAGGUGAUCAUGUCAUCACCGCAUCUUGGGAUAGAACCGCUAAUUUGUAUGAUGUUGAGACUGGUGACUGUCUGCAGGUUCUCACAGGUCACGAUCAUGAGUUGACACAUGCGUCUGCUCACCACAGCUCUAGACUUGUGGUGACCGCGUCCAGGGAUACCACAUUCCGUCUGUGGGACUUCCGCGAACCGAUACACUCGGUAUCUGUAUUCCAAGGGCACACAGAGAGUGUUACUUCAGCGGUAUUCACACGUGAAGACAAAGUCGUAUCGGGCUCGGACGAUCGUUCAGUAAAGGUUUGGGACGUCCGCAACAUGAGAUCGGCUCUUGCUACCAUCAGAUCUGAUUCGUCCGUGAACCGAGUGGGUGUGAGCGGGGGCGGUCUGAUAGCUAUCCCGCAUGAUAACAGACAAGUUCGACUGUUUGAUCUCCAGGGACAGAGGCUCGCUCGCUUACCACGCUCCAGUAGGCAGGGUCAUCGUCGUAUGGUGACAUCAGUGGCUUGGGCGGAAGACAUAUCAUCGAAUAUAAACUUCUUUAGCUGUGGCUUCGACCGUCGUAUCCUAGGCUGGUCCAUCCAACCGUCCAAGGAGAAUUGAGCCUUAUCAAAAAGAAAAUAAGGCAUACUUCUUUAGUCACUGUACAGGUAUUCUAUUAAUAUUCGGUUAUUUAUUGUAUAAUAUAUAAAAAAAAACUUGUCUGGCACACCUUUAAUUGUACUGAAAUCAAAGUUCAAUAAAUAGGUAAAUAUUUUGAAGUCAUGUUUUAAAAAUAUUUUACUUAUAUAGAAUUGUAAUCAGUGCGCAAAUUUUAAUUGUUUGUUACUGUAAAUAUUAUAUUUACGUUCAG